AUCGACAUAAGAACACCUUAAAAAAAAACAAAACAUGAAGCGUGCUAGGGUUAGUGAAGUUUGGAAUUAUUACAAAGUAGAUUCAGAAGAAAAAAAAAUUGCCAAAUGUAAUAUUUGCCAAACAAAACUUAGCUUUAAAGGAACUGUUUCCAAUUUGAACAAACAUUUGAAAAACAAACAUUUAAUAACGGCUCCGGUAAUCUCAUCAAAAAUUAGACAGCAGGAACCGGAAAUUAAUCCAGCAAGACCACCUAUAAUAGUUCUAGGAACUGAGACUGAGGCCAGCUGCGAUAGUCAGCAGGCAUGUGCAUCUACCUCAGCUGAUGCUGUUGCUCCAUCUGGAUCGUCACAAUCAGCGGCAAUACCAACCACACAGAUAACGUAUGAGCAACCAUUUAACAGAAUACAGUCAACAAUGAAAAUGUUUACGAACAGUAAGAAGCUUUCCAUUAAACAGAGAAAAGAAAUAGACGAUGCCUUAAUGUUGCUGUUUAAUAAAACUUUUCUUCCAUUUUCAAUUGUUGAGGACCAGUAUUUCAAAAAUUUUAUUUCAAAAUUAAACCCGGCCUACCAACUCCCAAGUCGAAAACACGUAUCGAAUAAUAUGUUAGAUGCAGACUAUCACAACUGUGCGACUGAGAUCCGAGAAAAACUCGCUGGUGUCGAUUCUGCUUGUCUCACAAUAGACUGCUGGACAUCACGCGCACAGGAAGGCUAUUUAGCAGUAACAGCGCAUUACAUUGAUGACAAUUUUACGUUACAAACAGCUCUUCUUCAAUGUCGUGUUUUAUCUGGUCCGCAUACGUCAGCUAAUUUGAGCGCGGAGUUAAAUGAGGUCAUCGGUGCUUGGAACCUUAACAAUAAAAUUAAAUUGGUAGUUUCUGACAAUGCACACAAUGUCCAAAAUUGCAUUAGAGACUUAAAUUUAAAAAACUUUGGAUGUUUUGCACAUACUAUCAACCUUAUAGCCAAAGAUGCCUUAAAAAUCCCCGAAAUAGAAAACUUUUUAGCAAAAUUAAGAAUUAUAGUUAGCCAUUUUAGAAGAAGUAACACUGCAGUUGAAAAAUUACUAAAAUAUCAACUUAACAAUAAUAUAAAAAAUCCUAAAAAAAUGAUUAUAGACGUCACGACUAGAUGGAACUCUACGUUCCACAUGCUCGAAAGAGCAUUAUUAUUAAAAGAAGCCGUGACAAGUACAUUAGCCAUUUUAGACUCAUCGAGCAGUACCAACAUUGAAAAUAUCACUGCAGAUGAGUGGAAAAUGUGCAAAGAUUUAUGCACAGUUUUAAAACCGCUGGAACAAGUGACUGUGCAGAUAAGUGGUGAAAAAUACCUAACGGGAAGUUUGGUUAUAAUUUUUAACAGGCUAUUAAACAAUGUUUACACUAUUAAUAUAGCACAUGAUCAUACAUUACAUGACAAUGCUAUAGCUGUGUGCAACAGAAUUGUACAUGGAUUGGUAACUCGCCUAAAAAAUACGGAAAAUAGUCUAACUUUUGCCGUGGCAACGUUUUUGGAUCCACGGUAUAAAAUGGCAUAUUUUAUGGAUUCAUCCAAAGCUGAAACCGCAAAAAAAAGAGUAAUAGAGCUCGCUGUUAUUGAAAUUAAUAGGCAAUGGGCUCAAGAGGAUCAAGCUCGAAGACCAAAUCCGGAAUGUCCGUCGUCACCUGACCCUCGAACUGUAACGGUUGAAGAGCCUACUCUUAAACCAUAUAAAAUAAUUGAUAUUUGGGCGGACUUAGAAGUUGAAGAUACGCACACACUUGAGUCGCCCACAGCUAUAGCAACAGCUGAAGUGCAGCGGUUUUUAAAUGACAAAUUGUUACCUCGUACUGGAAACCCCAAUGAUUGGUGGCGAAAAAACUAUUUCUUAUACCCUAAUUUAAGCAAGGUUUUUAAACGGCAUUGCUGUGUGCUUGCUACUUCAGUGCCGUGCGAAAGAGUUUUCUCGAAAUCUGGAGAAUUAAUUUCAGACCGACGAACUCGUCUCUCGUCGGAAAAAGUUAAAAAAUUGAUGUUUUUACACGUCAACAAAUAAUGCUGUACGUGUCAAUGGUGUCAAUAAACCAUUUGAUUGAUUGA